GAAACCCGGGCCCGUGACGAUCCGCUGGCUCGGCCGCUGGGCGCACAGCUCUACAUUUCUGGAGGAAAUCUUGAGACAGGACAACUAUCAGACCGUAUACAGCGUCCAGCUUUGACGGGUUCGGCAGCCCGAUCCAGCUCACCUCAGCAUGCCUCUGGUGACCAGGAAUAUCGAGCCGCGGCAUGUCAGUCGUCAGACCAUCCCGAACAACAUUCGCAGUGAGCUGGAAUGUGUCACCAAUAUCAGCCUGGCCAACAUCAUCCGCCAGCUCGGCAGUCUCAGCAAAUAUGCAGAGGACGUGUUUGGGGAGCUCUUUGUCCAGGCUGGAGCGUUUGCCAUCAGGGUGAACACACUGGGAGAAAGAGUGGAUCGUCUGCAGGUUAAGGUCACCCAACUGGACCCCAAAGAAGAGGAGGUCUCUCUGCAAGCCAUCACCACCCGCAAAGCCUUCCGCAGCAGCAUAACUCAGGACCAGCAGCUGUUCACCCGGCCGUCUCUUCCAGUGCCUGUACAAGACACCUACACAACCUGUGAUCCGCCGCCUCCUCUCAACCAUCUCAGCAAAUACCGGGAGGAUGGCAGGGAGGCCCUGAAGUUUUACACGGAUCCCUCCUACUUCUUUGACCUGUGGAAGGAGAAGAUGCUGCAGGACACCAAGGACAUCAUGAAGGAGAAACGCAAGCACAGAAAGGAGAAGAAAGACCACAUGAAUCUAAGGACUCUCAAUCCUCGGAAGAUCAAGACUAGAAAGGAGGAGUGGGAACGACGUAAGAUGGGAGAAGAGUUUGUGGUGCCAAAGACUGAUCUGAUGAGCUCUUCUGAGGGUCUUAAUGGCAGCAUCGGGUCUGGAGACGGCAUGAAAUCAGAUGGCCUGGAGCUGAGCACGGGCUCCUAUGCUUAUGAUCCCGGCUCCCCUCUCCCUCUGCCUGAUGACAACCUGCCUCCUCCGCCUCCAUACAUGGCGAACGACGGACUGCCUGGAGCGCCCCCCCAGAAGCGUGCCAGCGUGUUGAGUCCAAGCCACCCACCUCCUGCUCCCCCCAUCUCCUCCUCACCCCCCAACUCCCGCCCCGAAUUUGCACCUCCCCCUGCUCCUCCUCCCCCUCCUCCACUUUCUGGUGUUGGGAUUCCUCCACCUCCUCCUGGCUUUGACACCCCACCUUCCCCUCCUCCUCUCGCCCCCUCUGGUUAUCCCUCCCCUCCUGCUCCCCCUCCUCCACCUGUUAUGGGCUCUGUUCCUCCUCCACCUCCGAUGCCUGCGGGUGGAGGCGGACCUCCACCUCCACCUCCUCCACCACCUCCCCCUGGCCCUCCCCCGCUGUACGGCGAUAGUUCUGCUCCUCCACCCCCGCCUGCUUCGUCCCACGGUGCCGCGGCACCCAGCUCUGCUCCCAAACCUCAGCCGGAGCCUGUCGGCGACGCUCGCAGCGACCUGCUCCAGGCCAUCAGACAAGGCUUCAACUUGCGGAAGGUGGAGGCACAGCGGGAGCAGGAGAAGAGGGAUCACUUCGGCAACGACGUGGCCGCCAUCCUUUCACGCCGUAUCGCUGUGGAGUGCAGCGACAGCGAGGACGACUCCUCAGAGUUUGAUGACGACGAGUGGUCCGAUUGAUUGCGGAUCACGGCCGCCUCCUGUGUCUUUCCUCAGCCUUAAACAGCGUCUUGUCUAUUUCCAUUCAGGUUUCGCUCUUCAAGUUACAAGUAAAGCGAUGAUCAGUGUGUUUUUGUAGGUCAGUCAGUUUGCGAGUGUGUAUUCAUGUGUUGUGCUAAUGAAAAAUUUCCAAAUCACAUUCCUUGACCCAUUUUCCGUGCAAAAUUAUUCAUGUCAGAGGUGGAUAAAGGCCAAAGAUUACACAGAGAGUGUGAGUGUACCUGUUUGUGCCCCAGUUCGAUGUUGCUUCCGCUGGAUGACGCAUCGCUGUUGUUUAGUGUUAUGUGAUGUGAUGCUUUCUGUCGAGUGAGUGCGCAAACACGCCACGUAUAUUUUUAUCCUAAUGUCUGCCAGAAUCAGAUGCCCUCCGCUGCAGGCUAAAAGCUGAAUAUUAAUUUUCUGUGGUACGUUAUGGUAACAGAUAAUAAGAGGGGACGUUGUAACACGUACAGGUAGCUCCGCCUGUUUGCAAUAGUUGCACAAGUUCAGUGGAAAGACACAAGUUUUUUUUUUACUUUAAAACAGUCUUGCUUGUGUUAUUUAGAUGUAAAGUUUGCAUCUGAGAAUAUAUUUACUAAAGAUGAAGCAGUUAUUAUGAAUCCUCUUAAAGCACAGUGUUUAUCAUAUUAUAAGUUCAGUCUUGCGUUUGUCUGCGCUCGCCAAGGGAACAAUUGACUCGUGGUUGUACCUCAUAGACCUAUGAAUUGAUUAAUUGAUGCGAUCAGGAAGAGAUAUUGCCACAUGCCAGACUGAUCAGCUUGCCAUAUUAACACAUGUAGAAAUUUAAGAAAUAUGAUUUAUUUUAUAAUGCAUUUAGCUCUAAUAUGUUUUCUUUCCUGCAAUCAUGUCUUUGGGCUUUCCUUGGGAUCAUCUAGGCUUUUUUUUUUUUUUGCUUUAAUCACUGUGUUCUGGAUAGAAUCAGGCUGCCUUUUGUCUUAUCCUGCUGCCUGAUAAGUGCCUUCUUUUAUAUUGUUUCAUUGUGUGUCUGUUUGGUCAGCUGCACUGAUCUCAGAUCAGCUUCUUCCAAAAAUAUAACUAGCUGUCACCGAUGAGUCACUUAUAGAAUUGAGUGAUGUUAAGCGUGGACCACAUAUUUUCAAGUGCCUUUUUUUUUUUUUUUAAGUCUUCCUGUGCUGCAGCACAAUCACACAGCCUUCUUGGCCGAAGUUCUGCCUGUCCUGCUUUAAAUCUACAAAUGAUGAUAGUUAUUUCAAUAAAAACAAAUGAAUUUCA